CCCCCCAAAAAAAAAUUUAAAAAGAAGAAAAAAAAUGAACAAUCAAGCCUCAAAAACAUGCAAAAUCCAGAAGAAGCGGCUGAGCCAGGAGCAGGUUCGGCUCCUGGAAGCCAGCUUCGACUCGGGCAAGAAGCUCGAGCCGGAGCGGAAAUUCCAGCUGGCGCGGGACCUGGGGGUCCCGCCCCGGCAGAUUGCCAUCUGGCACCAGAACAAGCGGGCGCGGUGGAAGAGCCAGAGCCUGGAGCUCGACCACGGCGCCAUGCAGCUGCGGCUCGACGCGGCGCUGGCCGAGAAGAGGGAGCUCGAGAAGGAGGUCGGCCUGCUCCGCGCCGAGUUGAGGCGGGCCCAGGACAUGCUGGGCGCCGCGGCUCGGGGCGGGGGAGGGCCGCCCGUCUCGUCGCAGCUGUCGAGCUGCUGCGACGAGACGGGCGGCGGAGGGGGCAGCUCGAGCCUCAAUGAGGACGUCGGCUGCUCGGCUAAUUGGCCGAAUGUGGAAGAGCUGUAUGCUUGUUUGAUGGCUAAGCCGGUUUCGGAAGUUGUGAAUGAAAGAGAUUAUUGGGUAUAAUAAACUAACUUUUUUUUUUUUUU